AUGGAAGACAACUAUGAAAAUUUUGAUAAUAAUAAUAACGACAAUUCAAAUACAAAUUCAACAACAAGUAAAUUGUUGUUAUCAUUGAUAUCCAGAAUCAAUGUUUCACAUACUAGUGAUGACGAUAACGAAAAACUAAUGUUUAACUGUUUAUUAUUUGCCAGUUAUUCAUUUAUAAUAUUGGUUUCAUUGAUUGGUAAUCUGAUUGUAUUGAGAGUCAUAUUUGGCAAACAGAGAUCUCUGACCACAACUAAUAUACUGAUUGCCAACUUAGCGGUGGCCGACCUACUCAUGACUGUAAUGAAUAUACCAUUCAAUAUCGCACGUAUACUACUAGAUAACUGGCCAUUUGGACAGAUAUUAUGUGUUUUAGUACCACUGAUUCAAUCAAUAUCAGUGUAUUGUUCGUCGAUAACAAUGAUGUUUAUAGCUAUUGAACGCUACAAAAGUCUUAUUUAUAGCACACAUAUAACACGCGGCUAUUGUUUGGGUAAAUGUUUUCCUUUUGGCAAAAUAUUAUCAAUUAUAUGGUUAUCCAGUAUUUUGUUGUCCGUACACAACGGUGUCUUCAAUCGGAUAUUCAUUGUUAAGAUUACAAAAAACUCGUCAUUAGUCAGGUGUCGGAUUGAAUACCCGGAACCGCGUAUUGUUUGGCGACAAACCCUAACGAGUCUAACAUUUCUAACACAAUAUUUGAUACCAAUUACUAUAACAUGUAUAUGUUAUUUGAAGAUAUGUUGGUUUAUUUAUCGGCGCAAAAUUGUUGGUCAGAUAACUGAAUCGCACCGAUCGACUCUCGUUAGACGGAAAUGGAGACGAAUUAAAAUGCUUAUUAUGGUUGUCCUCGUGUUUGCCAUUUGUUGGCUACCAUUCAAUGUGUUUCACUUAUUAAUGGACUUUUAUGUUAUUGGCUAUAGUUAUACAUUGUUUUUUGUUAAUCAUUGGUUUGCUAUGUCUAGUGUUUGUUAUAACCCAUUUAUCUAUUGUUGGCUAAACAAUGACUUUCGCAAUGAAUUCAAAUCAUUGUUUAAGUGCUUGACUUCAGGCGUUCAACGAAUGCAUUCCCAGUCUUCAGACGGAAACACAAUUCGUAUGAAUACUAUUGUCGAACGUUUGGACUCUAACUAUGAGAUCAGCGAAGAACAUGAUAUCUGA